UCUCCAAAGCGGUGCACUCUACCAGCGGUAGUGACCAGGCAGCAAACAGUCUGAGCUGUGCUUAAGCACUUGACUUGUUUCAAAAAUACUUAUUUGUUAUAACAGUUACAUUUGAAAGGUCGACAGUGUGUUGCAGGCGUUCUGUGAAAAGUGUAAGUGAAACCUAGUGUUGGCAAAAAAUCAAACAGAUUUGCCAUAAAACUGUGAAAAGUCAACAUUUGCGCGGCGAAAAACUGAAAUUGUGUAAAUCGUGAGAAAUAACAAAUUUCUAAAUUUACUAAAAGCAUCAACCCUUCCAAGUGAAAGCAGCAAAUACAACAAAAGCAAAAACAAUGAUGUCAAACAAGUUAUUCUGUUGGUCCUUGGCUUUUGUCGCCGUUUGCUUGACGCUGUGUCUGUCGACGUCGGAAGCAGCGCCAUUUCCCAGGUAUCAGGGCGGCGGCUACUACAACGAGCUUGAGGAGGUGCCCGACGACAUAUUAAUGGAGCUGAUGGCCCGUUUCGGACAAACUAUUAUGAGAGCACGCAACGAUCUGGAAAACUCUAAACGCACUGUGGACUUUGGUUUGGCGCGUGGCUACUCAGGCACACAAGAGGCGAAACAUCGCAUGGGCUUGGCCGCUGCCAACUUCCCCGGCGGUCCAGGCAGGAGGCGGCGAUCGGAAACCGAAGUCUAAAGUGUCUCAAAACACCCAGGCAGCAGGCAAGCAAGCGUGCGAAUGAAAAUAUGAAAACUUCCUGAUUUGAAAAUUUCUGAAUUUAUGCCGGAUUUAUUAGAGAACUCUAUAAGAAUUUGUUGAUUAUUAAAUACAUACAUACAACAUAUAUACAUACAGCAUACAAAUAAAAUAAACAAACAAGAGCGGACCAAAGCGCCGCUGGCAUCCUAAAGUAUAUAGUGACUAUUUUUUAUUAGCCUAAAUAUAUAUGUAUAUAUGUAUUUAGUACAAGACAAAAACAACAAAACAUACGUAUUUAUUUACAAUCUACACACACUGUAACCAUAUUUACAAUGAAAGAAAAAACAAAUGUGAAAAGUAUUUAGCUUCAAUUUAUUGUAUUUAUUAUAAAUAAAUAAAUAUUAAAUAAAGUAAAUUAAUGAAAACUAUGCGUGUUGAACACAUUAAAUUAUAUUUGCAAAAAAACAAAAACAAAAACAACAUACAUAUGUAUAUUCUCAAAAAAAAAAAAAACUAGAAAAAACUGUUGCUCCAAAAGUUUUAAAAUUGCAAAAAUAAAGUGAAACGAAACGAUCGAUGUUGGCAUUUUCUCUAGCUUAUAAGAAGUGUGCACAAAACAUGCGACAAAUGCAUAAAAAAUAUUUUAGAAAAAUUUACUAGAGAAAUUUAGUAAAAAUGAUGCAGAAAGUGCGUACGAGAAGUAGACGAAAAAACACUUGUAAAAUAAUAACAAAUUAAAGAGUAUUUAAUGCACAUUAUUUGAACAAAAAUCUUUAAGUAGGUAUGUAGGUUAAGCAGACAUACAGCAACAACAACAGCACAACACGGCUUAAAACAACACGAACAACACCAGUUAAGCCACCGAAGCCACGAAAAAAAAAA